AUGAUGGAACAUAAAGAACAAACAACAACAGUAACUUCAUCAAAAUCAAAUUUUUUUGUAAUUAUAACAUUAAUUACAAUUAUUUGUUUAAUUAUUAUUAUUAUUGCUUUAUUUCUUUUGACAACUAUUAAAUAUCGACAAUCAUCAUCAUCACAACUUCUUCUUAUACAAUCUCUUAAAACAAUUUCUGAACAAUCAACAUUAUCAACAACUACUUCCACAACAACAACGACAACUUUAUCUCCUGAAGAAAUUCAACGUUUAUCUUUAUUCAAAGAAUUUUUGAAUUUAUCAUCAAAUCAUCCUAAUCCAAGUUUAUCCCGUUCAUCAAUAAUUAUGAAUAAAUUUAUGCGUUCAAUUUAUCGACAAAUUUAUGAUGAAAUAGGUGUUAAAAGAAAAAAACGUCAUGAAAAUCAACAUUCAAAUUUAUAUUUAUCUGAUGAUAUAGAUUUUAUUAUUAGUUUACCAAAUCAAUCAAAAUAUUCAUUAACAAAUAUGACUUAUUAUUUUGAAUAUAAUGAAACACUUGAAUAUUUAAUAUAUGCAGAAUUUAUUUUACCUAUUCAUCAAAUAUCUAAAAUACAAAUAUUUUUUUCAACAUUUAAUAUUUUAUUAAAUCAAACUUUUAAAAAAGAUCAAUAUUGGUUAAAAAUAAAUUUAACACAAUAUAUAAGAUCAUUUCCAUUAAAAUUUCAUAUUAAAUUUAAUUAUAUAAAACAAAAAUUUUCAUCAGGUUUUUUAACAUUAUAUUUUCGACGAACAUCUACUCAUUUGAUUUCUCGUCGAGAUUUAUCUUCAUUUUAUGAUAAUCAAUUAAUUACAUAUCCUGAUGAUCCAUCUUAUUGUCAAGUUCGUCCAUUACGUACAACAUUUUCUGAUUUAAAUUGGUCAUCAUGGAUUAUUGAACCAAGUUCAUAUGAAAUGAAUAUAUGUUCUGGUACAUGUCAUACACAAUCAAAUAUGGGUACUUAUUUUAUUGUUCAAAAUUUACUUAAUCAAAAAUAUCCAAAUAAAAUUCCAGCACCAUGUUGUCGACCAAAACGUUUUUCAUCAACAAUUCUUUUAUAUUAUGAUGGACCAAAUUUAGUUUUAAAAAGACAUGAAAAUAUGCGUGUUGUUGAAUGUGGUUGUUCUUCAUAA